AUGAGUUAUCCACUUGUUGCUGGAAUUUAUGAAAUUGAUGGAAGACAAUAUCGAAAAACACCAUAUCAGUAAGUACAGUAACCCGAAAUGUUUGAAAAAAAAACGAUGGAAUUUGAACAUUUUUUUUCGAAACCUAGUAGAUCACGUGGGGUUGAUACGAUUAAUUUUGAAAAUGCGUUUUCAAGAUUUUAGAUCGUGUCACGUGUCCAAUUAAAUUUCAAAUUUAUUUUUUUGAGAAACGGAACCAUCAGCUGAAAAUUUGAAUUGAAACAAAAUUGGGAUCAAUUUCUGAUACUCAAAAUCAGAAAUUCGAGUACAAAUUUUUGAGCCACAUUUUUUAGAUCACUUGUUCCGGAAACAAAUUCUGCCUCAUCAAAAAAACCAAAUCGUGAAAAAUUCCGCGAUGUUCCUGAUGUUUAUGAAGAUGAACCUGCUUGUACAAUAUCCAGUGAAUCACAAAAACCACCAGAAAUCAGUCAAAUCGAUCCGAGAAUUUUGAUCCAUUCAAAUGGCAAAAAAUGGACAGCUGAAAUAAAUGUGCCAGCGAGUUUGAUGGGAAAAUUUUUCGGACAAAAUCGAAGAAGUUUGAAAAUUCUGGAAGAUGAAACUGGAUGCAAAAUAAAAACACCAAGAAAAGAAAAACAUGCACCAUGUGGUGAAUAUUUGACAAAAUUCCGAGCGAUUUUUAAAAACGAAAUAUUUUCAUUUUCAGAAAUUACAUCGAUUCAAAGUUUGGAAAAUGUUCAAAGAUGUUUGGAUCGAAUUGAGAUUUUCUUAGUGGAUGCUAAGAGAACGGUAAUUUUUCUAGGAAUUUUGUAGGCUGAAAUUAAUUUUUUUUCAGAUGCGUAUCACACAUUUCAUCGCAUUUCCUUGUGAUCAUCCGGAAAUUCAGGAAAAUUUCGGAUUUUUCCGGGAUGCUAUUUUGAGUGGAGAUCAUUUUGAUGUAAGAUUUUUUGGGGAUUUUUUUGGGAAAACCCCGAGAAAAACUUAAUUUUUUCAGGCUUCAUGCAAAAAAGAAAAAUUGUUCACAUCUCCAGCUAGACUUCAUUUAACUUUGGAAACUGUGGUUAUUUUUGAUGAAGUUGAAGAUUUGGAGAAAAUUGAAAAUGUUUUUGAAGACUUGAAAAUGGAAAUAAGGUGAGUAAAAACGGAUUACUGUAUUUUUUAAUUUUUUCUGAUAAUUCAAGUUUCCAAAAAUAUGCAAAAUAAAGUCGAACUUCCAGAAUUUCAAAGUUAAUUCCAACCAAAAAAAAAUUUCAGCAAAAUAUUGAAUUCAAAACCAUUGAUCCUCGAUAUUCAAGGAAUUGAUAUAAUGAAUGAUGAUCCAUCAAAUGUCAAUGUUCUUUAUGCAAAAAUAAAAGGAGAAAAUGUUCAAAAAAUUGCAAAUUUGACACGUGACACUUUCAUCCAAGCCGGAUUCACAAAAUCCACUUCAGAAUCAGAAGAAGAUGUCAAACUUCAUAUGACUUUGAUGAAUGCUCGAUAUGUUUCACAAGCUGAAAAUCUGAAAUCAAGAUAUUCAUUUGAUGCAACUGCAAUUCUUGAAGAAAUGAAAGAAAUGUAUUUUGGAACUGUUCAAGUUUCUCAAAUUUGUUUAUGUCCUCUCAAUUCAACAACUUCCAAACAACAAUUUUAUACAAAAUUGGCAACUUUGAACUUUUAA